GAGUCGUUCUCGUUAUCCGACUCUGUUAGUUGUUCUUAUUGUUCUUCUUGGCCCCGCAGUAGCUGGCAUCAAUGAAGGGCAAGGAUCGAUUAGCCUUGAUUGUGGUCUGCCGGAUAAUGCAAGCUACGCCGACGAUUUGGGCUAUCUUUACUUUUCCGACGCCAGCAGUAUAGACUCCGGGGAGGCAAAGCAGGUAUCCUCCGGGUUCAUGGGCAGCCCGAGGCUGUACCGGACACUCAGAAGCUUCCCCGUGUACCAGAAGAACUGCUACACCUUGGCGCCUGCGGUUGAGGGCCAAAGGUACUUGGUUCGGGCCUACUUCAUGUAUGGCAACUACGACGGUCGGAACGUGCUGCCCAUUUUCGACGUCUAUCUGGGCGUUGACUUCUGGUCAACGGUGAGGCUGGAUAACGCCAGUCAUGUGUUUUGGACGGAGAUCACCACCAAAGCGACGACCACUUCCAUAAAUGUGUGCCUCGUUAAAACUGCCGACGGGAUUCCCUUCAUUUCUGGUUUGGAGGUUCGGCCGCUUGACGAUAUCCUGUAUGCAGACGCCAAUAACUCUACAUAUCUCAUCACUUACAAGCGAAUCAAUGCGGGAACUACUGAAGAAGCCAGCAUUAGCAGCAUUCAUAAAUAUGAACCUUUUUCUUUUAUUCGAAGCAACUCAGAUGAUGAUUAUGAUACAUAUGGAUCCCCAGUGAGCACCAACAUCACCAUAUCAUCAGGGCAAGGAUUCAAGUUACCAAGUUACGUCUGGAGAACUGCUGAAAACUCGUCGACUCCCAUGUUCAUAAGCUGGAGUGGGGAGACUAACGUUCAAUUCCACAUUUUCUUGUACUUCGCGGAAGUCGUGAAGCACGAGAAGAACCAAACAAGAAUUAUAUUUGUAGAGUUGAAUGGAGGACCAUUCUUCCGUCCAUUUCGUCUGGAAUAUGAUGGCGGGUCAAUGACCGUUUACACGAUAAAUCUAAAGUAUACAGAUGAGUACAAAUUUACCAUACGCGCGAUGGACAAUUCGACAUUCGGUCCAAUUAUAAACGCAUUUGAGGUCUACAAGGCUUAUGAUGUCAGCGGAAUUGCAACUUACAGUGAAGAUGUUGAUGCAAUCUUCCGAGUCAAGGCACACCAUCAGCUGAGGAGAAACUGGGGUGGAGACCCAUGCCUUCCCAAAAACAUCACAUGGGUUGGUUUGAACUGCAAAUAUAACAGCUCAAGGACUCCAAGAAUUGAUUUAUGCAAUGCAACCAAUUGUCUGCUUAAGUACCCAAAUGAUGAAACCAUUUUGUAUUGCAGGGAUCUCUCCAAUAGUGGUCUAAAUGGCACGAUAAGCACUGAUCUCUGCAAACUCACCUUGAUUUCAUACAUAAAUCUGUCAAGAAGUAAUUUGCACGGAUCGAUCCCUGAAUGUCUGGCAACGUUAACAAGUUUGACAGUUCUAGAUUUGUCAAACAAUGAUUUGAGUGGAAGUGUACCUGAUGCUUUGCAAGAAAAGAAGAAAGAGGAAUUGAUUGAUCUAAGGCUUGAUAACAAUCCCCAUCUAUGUCAAUGGGGUUCUAGUGAAGGCAAGAAAAAGUUUCCACUUGCACUGGUGAUAAGCAUUCCCAUUGCAGUUGUGGUAGUAUUGGUCACAUUUGGUGUUCUGAUUUACAAGUGCAGGAAAAGAAAACCAGGCAACAUUGAGCGAACAGAAGCAUCCGUGCCUCAACAACUUGGAACUUCAGGCCCUUCACCAGCAUUGGAAAAAAGGCAUGCAUUCACUUAUGCUGAGGUUGUCGCCAUGACUAAGAACUUCGCUCAAGUUAUUGGCAGAGGAGGUUCAGGAAUCGUGUACUAUGGUUGUCUUGAGAAUGGCUGUAAAGUUGCAGUCAAAAAAUUAAAUAAACGGUUCUUCCAUGGAGACAAACAAUUUGCAGCAGAGGUUAAACUGUUGAUGACUGUCCAUCACAGACAUCUAGUCUCUUUUAUUGGAUAUUGUACUGAAGCUGACAACAUGAUACUAAUCUGUGAAUACAUGUCUAAUGGAAACCUGCAAGAGCUACUUUCAGGCAAAGGAGACUUGUCAGCAACAUCAUCGAUGAUGUCAUGGAGAAGACGACUUCAAAUAGCAGUUAAUGCUGCAACAGGCUUGGAAUAUUUGCACUCAGGAUGCAGAACAACGAUAAUUCACAGGGAUGUUAAAACAACUAACAUCCUUUUGAAUGAAAAACUUGAAGCAAAGUUGGCAGAUUUUGGAUUAUGCAGGAGUGAAAGUCUUGAUGGAAAUACCCACAUAUCAACUGCUGUUGCAGGAACGCCAGGAUAUGUGGACCCUGAGUACUUCUCAACUAGCAUGCUUACUAUUAAGAGUGACAUCUACAGCUUUGGCGUUGUUCUCCUUGAGAUCAUAUCAGCGCGAUCUGCCAUAUCAACUUUGUCUGGACAUCGAGUUCAUAUAGUUGAUUGGGCAAAGUGCCUGCUCUCAGAGGGGAACGUCUCGGCCAUGAUUGACUGUAGGUUGGAAGUCCAUCUCAACAUCUACUCACUCUUGAAAGUUGUGGACCUUGCAAUACUCUGUACAUCGGAAAAGGGUGUCAUGAGACCCACAAUGGCAGAUGUUGUACAGCAACUCAAAGAAGCUCUAGAAAUGGAGACUUCAUCACAAGAAACUGUAACCCCUGAGAUGACUUCCUCCGCUACAGAGUCAUCCGUCCAUUGCUUACCACCAAGAUAACUUGUCAGUUUGAUGGAAUAUGAUACUGCAGACUUGCUAUACGCUUUCGGCUGAAGGGGUUUUAAGUAUUUAUACGAUA